GAACAGAAAUGAAGCAAGGACCUUUCUACGCACCGUGGAGGACAUGCGCAGUCUGCAAUUGUUUCUACGCGGCACAGCAGGGCAGAGAACCUUGAUGUUUUGGAUAGACGCCGAGAGAUAUCGCAGGGUGACAAGGAAAGAGCAUAGGAGGUUCAGCUUCCGAGAGAUUCAGGCUAAAUAUUUACGAAGCGGAUCUCCCUGGGAACUCCCGGAGAUCAUGAAGUGGGCGAGUUUAUGCGGGGUGAGCCGCCAGGGGGAGCGAGAGUCCUCCUUUAGAAUUCCAAAGAACAUCACAAAACGAAUGUAUCUUUCUGAUUCCUCGAUAUUUUCCGAAAAUGUUUUCCUCCCCGUGCAGAAGAUGGCCUUGGAACGUUUGAGCAGUUACUGGCUACCGAAGUACAUACAGCAUAAGAAAAUUCUUUUCAAAGUAAUCGCUGAAAAGCGAGGCAUUUCAGUUACGGAUUUAAUAUUGCAAAACAGAAGUAUAAGUCCAAUUCUUGAAGACGAUGAUAAGCUUUCAACAACCAGCUCUGAGCAAGACAUCGAUAAUUCCUUGUUGAAGCUUUGUGCCGUUUCCUCUUCUGAGAGUAGGGAGGAGAAACUGGAAGAAUGGAGACAAUGGUUCUGGGCGGGAGUCGACGGUCCCGCCGAAGAUGGACAUAAAAUUAUGCCGCCUCAUGAUAUGCCAAUGGAGCUACAACUGUCAGGCGGGAUAAGAGGAUACGAGGAGAUCAGUUCAGCUCCACCUUCGAGUCCAGUCCCUGAAGAGGAAGAGGAAGAGGAAGCUUGGUCUGUGUCUAGUUCGCCGGAUUCUGUAAGUCCCACAGUCUGCAGUAAGUCGUUUUCUAAAGGUUCAAGACCUCGCCUUGUUUCGCCUCCGGAAAACUUAAUUGCUUCAGAUCCUGCACUACCCACUUAUGGCAAGCAAAGGUGGUUUAAAAAGAAGAAAAAGGAGAAAAAAACCAACGAGAAGAAAGUUAUAGAUGAAUCCGAGGAGGAAUUACUCGUUUCUCACCCCAUGCCCAACCCUCCUUUCGCCAAAAUGCCUUCGUCAGCGCCUAGGAAGCUUAAGACCUUCUACGAGGCCUUGGCAUCAGAAAAAAACAUCAUUACCGAGGAAAAGGAUGAAGAACUUUAUGAGUCAUCGGCAGAGACCACCUCAUCAAAUAGGUCCUCAUCAGGGACACCUACAAUAACUGUUAGCACAGCCAUUCGACAAGCUUCCGCCUCGCAUAUAAUUCCGUUUAAGGAAACUGGGAGUGAAACAGCAUCAGUCGUCGGGGAACCACGUGUUCUUUACCCCAGGGAUUCCAACGGAGAACCCUGUAUAAUUCAGCAAGCUAACAAAGAUAUAAAUCUGACAGCAUCAUUAGCCCUAACUGCAGACAAACUGGCCGGUGGACCUCUCAGUGAAUAUUUAAAGAAAACGCGAGAAGAAGCAGCCCUUAGAUGUCUUCAAUUUUGGGAAGAUUCCCAAGAGUAUUUGUCACCUAGGGAAGAUUUUGGCAGCCUCAGCAAAUAUAAUUUGGGAAAGACGCUAAUUGCCACUUACAUUGCCCCAGAUUCCCCGAGAAAAGUAACAAUGAGCCCACAGACCAGAGAUGAUUUAAUGCGGCUUCUUCCUCUAGAACGUGGUAGUCAGUUGUUGUCAACUGUGUUGCAAACGUCCGUGCAGACUGUCACCGCACUGUGGAGUGAAUUUAUCCAGUCUGACGAAGAUCAUUUUGUUAAUUUUGUGGGAGUUCCUAGGAAGAGUGCGAGAAAAAAAAUGGAAGUCAAACCAGAUGGGACAACUGCUAAACUGUGGGAAACCGACUGUUCUAAGCCACAGCAUGCCUUCUCAGUGGCCGUUGGGCUUGGAUUUUCUGGAUUUUCUUUCGGUCUCGAAGACGAAGACGAAGAUGAACGCGAGGCAUACGAGGAGAACUUUGAUCUUCCGAGUCUGAAGGAUAAACAACCGGAGAACACGCAACAGAACAGGAGGGCUUCACACUUCUACGGUCACGCGAUCAGGUUUGGAGAAGAUGCGUUCGAGGAGAGAGCGAAGGGUAGAGGCAAGAUCAUCAGACCCCCGAAACCAAGAUGCUUUAACGAUGUCUUGCAUAACAACCUUCAGUUGACGUGGUUCAAACGUUUCUUAUCCGACAAAGGAUGUGAGGCUCCCCUCAUGUUCUGGCAGGCGGUCGAAAACAUGAGAACAAACUGCAAGGACGGAAAGGCUCGGCAAGCCAGGGCUAUGAUUAUAACAAAAAAAUACUUUAUCAACAUUCCGACAACACCUGCUGAGUACCUACAUUGCAAAGCUGAGAUCAUCCGGGACAUCCCGCUAUUGGACAAAGUGACCCCCCCAAUGCUUGUCUCGGCUCAGGCCUGCGUGGCACGAUCCAUGGAGGAAAACUGGUAUGCUGAUUUUGUGGCCACUUUCCCGGACGACGAGGCGGAUCGCGAAAGCUCUACCAAGUACGCCAUGAGAAACACUCUUGCUGGAGUUUAUAAGAUGGCCGCUCACGGAAAAACGAAAGGGAUGUGGGUCAUGUUUGCUCAUAACAUCAUAUGUUUCCAACGAGGAAUUCGCCAUGCUCCCUCUCUCCGUGACUUUAAAGCAUUCCUGAGAAAAGAAGCAAAGACCACUGUGGAACAGACGCACCCUACUGGGCGAGUGGUAAAUAAGCAGUUUGUAUACACUGAUCGGUUGAUAAACGACUUGGAGUUCUGGAUGGAGGUUGAGCGCUUCAAAGAUCAAGCUGAUAAUGCUGCUGCUUGUGCGAUGUCUGGGAACUACACGCUAGAUGAUGAGAAUUUACUUUUGGACAAAGCUCGCACUAUUGUAAAGUGUUUUAUAGAUUCGGACUUUCCCCCAAGAGUACAGAUCAACAUUGCCAGCGAUCUAGCGGAAAACAUUGUAGGGUUGGUACACACUGGAAUUGUAGAGAGAGGGUUGUUUCAUGAGGCAGCUCUUCAGGUCUUCACUCCUCUGAUGUUCCUAUGGAAAAAAUAUUCAGCAGAACUAAUCUCCAAACAGACAGACGAACCAACGUGUUCCACCCCAGUAAAGAGAUCCGCCUCAAGAAAACGAGUCAUGUCGAUAAUUGGUGGAAUGCCGUACAGAAAAAUUUACGCAGUAAACGAGGACUCUGAGCUACACUGGUCAUUCUCACUGAACCACGGUCUCCGCCUCAUCAUGCCUCUUAGGCUCAUGAUGGCAAAGCGCGUUACCAAUCAAAUGGGCGGACGGUCUGAUCAUGUGUCGAAAGUCUCGAUCCAGGGACCUACACCAUGACUAAAUACAAGAAUGUAUUGGAAUCUAACUUAAAUAAACAGG